AUGUGAUUAUGUCUGGCUUUCGGAGCCACCUUACGAGGAGGUUUCCGGUUCACCCUUCUGUGGAUUGUACGCACCGAUCACGUACAGAUCAAGCACGAGAACUCUAUCUAUAAUUCUACUCUACAGCCAAUCCCACAAGCAUGCGUUUACCAUCGAAUACACGGCAGAAAGAAAUAGACUGCAUUUGAAAGGGACAGAAAUGACAUCGAGAGCGCCAACAAAGGGUUUCAACGAUACCACCGGUGGUAUUCUGACUUCGCCAUUUUUUCCGGCUCGAUAUCCCCGUGAUUUGGGUUUGGAAUAUAUCAUAACGUGUCCCAGUGAAGCCCCCUCCUGUCGCAUCAGGUUGUUGUUUAGUGACUUUCAGUUAGCGACGGUUUCCAUAAUGGAGUUUUACGAUUGGAACGGACAACGUUUAGACGUGAGUAGCGGCGCGCGAUUUCGGCCGCCGGUCAUAGUGAGUUCCGGCUCGUCGUUGCUGAUAAGAUUCUACGCGAAUGGUGGUACAGGUCUUGGUUACAAGGCCUUUUACUCCUUCGUCAUUGGUCACACGUAUGACAAAUCGGUACAACCGAUCACCGACUGCGGUGGAUAUGUGGAAAAUCUGGGCGGCACCAUCACAAUGAUGAACAUGGUCGGUCGAGGCGUGAAGAUCUACGAUUGCGUUUGGUUAAUUAGACCACCCAAGAAUUUUAUGCAUAUGAAGACGCACAUGUAUUUGAAAGUAGUGGGUUUCGCUGACAUGGCCGGCAAUACGGAGUUGAUCAUCAAGGAGGGUCCGACUUCGGCCUUGAUGUCACUGGAAGUUAUUCGGCAUCCGGCAAGUCAAUUACAACCGCCAAGACACAGGGAACACAUCGCGCCAGUCACCAGCGGGUUUCACGUAAGUCUUCGUGGUACAUUCGGGUCAAGUUCUCACUUGGCGAUCGCGUAUGCGGCCUUCAGUUACAUGGAUUGUUUUGCGGGCACUGAUUUCCUGUGCCAGAAUCACAGGUGCAUUCCAAGCCAGCUCAAUUGUGAUGGUUUCGAUCACUGUGGUGACAACAGCGACGAACCAGCGACGUGCUUUCAAAAUUGGGAGGUAGAGCCACGUGAUCGUAAAUGGCAUAUGAACAAAGCGAAUUACUAUUUUCCGAAAAUCGAUCGGUAUCCUGAUCUGAAAACGGCCGCCUUGGUAUUCAUCGCCAGUAGCCUCGGCCUGAUCGUUCUAAUAUCGGCUCUCAUUAUACUGCUGUACAGAAUAGGAGCCAGGGCCAGACAGCAAAGGGAACUGCAAUCUCGUCUAGAAACAAUCAGCGAACUUCUAGACGGUGCACGGAUCGAUGAAAUAUCCAUUCCGGACGAUCCACCUGGCUACGAGGCUCCGCCGGACUACGAAGAAGUCGCGAAACUUGCCUUGUCGAAGAAGGCUCGAUGCCUGAAUCGUAACAGGACUUUCAACAGAAGCUCUUCAAACCAGUGUGACGAGGAUGUGAAUUCUUCCACUUAUCUGGUCGUGGAGGAUGCAAACAGCAGUCAUAGCGACCAAACGACCCCGGUAACAUCGGAAAACGAUCGACAUGCACUGUGUGUACCCGAGAGCCCACCGCCCCCGUAUAUCACACCACCAGGAACUAUAUUGAGAAACGUGAAUUUAGCUAGCUUAUCAGCGUCGAUGAAACAGAUUUGUCCUGUUCGGCGCACAUGGCUCCGACGCAGUGUGCAGUAUCCACAGUCUUUCUCCGGCGAUCGUCCGUCUCCUGGUGGCCCAGCCUCAUUCACGAACGCCGAGGCUCAAGGGACGGCUUCGGAUAUUAAUCGACAGUCCGAAAAUCCCCCAGAAAUAACUUGGACAGCACGCGAAACUGUCCAAGAAGAUACUACAGUAGUGUUGCAAGAGAACACCCGACAUGUUUCAGACGAGGAUUCUGACGAGCUCGACGUUGAUAAAGUUAACAGUCUGAAUGGAAGGAACACCAGUUGCUCCUGCGAGGGCGCGUGCGGCUGUGCCAUUAGCUGCUCCAAUCUGCAAGGUCUUUCGAUCGGCGAUCCGUCAACUUUUGUGACAAAUGUCGAAGAUCGUCAGAUAUCGGAGUCGCAACGCGAUCAAAUGGCAAUCGUAUCUUCUUCCACGAGGAAGAUCGACGGGCAUCAAGAAGAGGAUUUCUCUAUCUCGAAAAGCGCUCUCUUCAAACUUUUGGGUUCUAAGCUAACGAAGCCAUCUCACCGCGGCGCUAAUUUGACAGCCGCCUUGUCGUCUCGGGACACUUUGCGCUGUUCCUCUAAAAAGUUCCUCCGCGAUAGCUGCAUCAACAAGAUCUCGACGGUCGGCAACAGUUGUGACAUGCUGCAGGACGAUUUCGAAAUUGUAUCGGAAGCGACGUCCAGCAACGUCGAGUCUAUCAGCCCUAGAACAAUGGCGAAUACGCCGAGCGACACACCGAAGAACAUUACUCGAGGAUGUUACAGUGAUCGGCGAUACUCCAGCUGCGAUUUGGACAGCUUGUACGAAGGCAUUAAGGUCCUCGACUCGUAUCUAGCAUGCAGAAACUCCAACGUCGGCCUCGAACAUCGACAAUCGGUCACCGUGAUACUUUUCGGCACACCAAACCACAAAUCCACGUGCAAUCUAAUCGCAUCGUCACAGCGAACACGAAGAGAGAGAUAUAUGCGAACCCGUACCUGGCGUUCCAGCGAAGAUGCGUCGUCAAACUGAUUCAUUCUCGUUUAAUGCGAAAAAUAAUUGAGCAUAUGCAACUGUGUUAAUUUUUCUUUGACAAACAGAGUAACGAUCGAAGAGAAUAGAUUAUCGACCUGUGUAUCGAAAUUUAUUAUAAAAAUUGAUUUACUAAAAAAUUUCGCCGCUAAUACUUGCAUUAAAAAUGAAGAAAUAAAAAA